AGAUGGCGUUGGGAGAGGGACGCUUUUGGCUUGGACAGAAGUGUAUUUCUCUCUGUUGAGACGAGGAUACAAAUAGGGAAGGGCAUAUGGAAGAUUCUGGAAUGGAGGAUGGCCAUAGAUGUGGUCAAUUAAGCUGAAUGCAUUGUGAUUUCCAAUAAUUGAGACAGUGAUUCUAAAAAGCUGUCUACAUUAAUGAAAAGAACAAUGUAGUCAGCUUAGCAUAUUCAACACUGUACAUGACUAAUGCAAAAUUUGAGGCAUCCUGGCAAUGUACUUCUGCAUGUCUGUCUGCAAGAUCCUUCUAACGCCUUUGAGGAAACUGUAGAUAAAGGAUCCCUGAUAGUUCACCUGUUGCACUUAGUAUCUCUUUAAAAGUUGUUAGUAGAGAUGGAUGUUGAUGAUAUAUUGCCUCCUCUCCCACUGGAGCCCCCGGAGGAUGACCUGUCAGGCAGCCGCAAAUGCAUAGCACCUCCACCACCUCCCCUGCAAACGUCCAGUGACGCAGAGGAAAUGGACGUUAGCUCUGGUGGUGAUGGACCCACAAACACCCCGGCAGAGAGCAUAGAGGCGCAGCUCCUCACCAAGGGCUCUCUGACGUUUAGUUGCCACCCAUCAGACGAGCCUGUCCCCGGCGCCUCGUGCCCUAGAACGGCUCGCCACGCUCCUCCGGUCACCAAAUUCCUGCCCGACUUGAAGUUGCUCAGAGACGUCAAGAUUAGCGUUAGCUUCUCGGAUGCUAGCAAAAGCAAAGACAGGAAGGUACUCUACACAGGGAUAGGGCAGGGAGGGGACUCUGAGGGAAGUGCGGAGGUUUUGAAUGGUGUGUUGCAUGAUUCUGUAGAGCAGAUGGCCAGUCAGGGUUGUCCAGGGGUCAGCGGUAAUGGUGUCCUCGGCACCAGGGCGAAAGGUGAGGAGGCGGAGGUGGACCUAGAGAACAAGGUUGAGUUUGCCGUCCUGGAUGAGUUGGAGGAUUUCAGUGAGAACUUCCUAGAGGCUGAAGAUGGAGACCAGGGCGGCUUCAGAUCAGACGUCAUUGUGCAACAAGAGCAAACUAACGAGGAGGACCUAAACUACUCUUAUGAGGAGGACUUUGACAAUGAUGUAGAUGCGUUGUUGGAAGAGGGUAUGCCAGUGCCCAAAAAGAUGCGGCUGGCAGAAGACAAGGACGCAGGAGACAGUGACCACCAGUCUGACGGAGAGGCUGGGGUUCAACCAAUGAUGACCAAAAUAAAGACUGUUCUUAAGAGUCGUGGGCGCCCACCCACUGAGCCACUACCUGACGGCUGGAUCAUGACAUUCCAUAACUCCGGCAUUCCAGUCUACCUUCACCGGGAAACCAGGGUUGUUACCUGGUCCAGACCUUACUUCCUCGGAACAGGGAGCAUCAGGAAACAUGACCCUCCUACAAGUAGCAUUCCCUGCUUGCACUACAAGAAAAUGAAGGAACACGAGGAACGGGAGCAAAAUGGCGAGGUGAUUGCCAACUCCCGUAGCACUCCCUUAAAGCCUGUAGAAGAGGGGGAUCUUCUGGAGAGAGCGGACGAACCGGACUCCACAGCCCCGGAAGAGAGCACUGCCAAUGCUGCGGAGGACCCCACACAGCCGUCUGGGGAGGCCACCGAGGCCCAGCCUGACGUGAAGGAGCCUGUGGUCCACGAGAUGGCCCAGGGGGCUUUGGGCCAGGUCAGGGCCAAAGUGGAGGUCUGCAAGGAUGAGUCGAUUGACAUCGAAGAGUUCCGCGGCUAUCUGGAGAAGCGCUUUGACUUUGAACAGGUGACUGUGAAGAAGUUCCGCACGUGGGCCGAGCGCAGGCAGUUCAACAGAGACAUGAAACGGAAGCAAGCGGAGUCUGAGAGGCCCAUCCUGCCAGCCAAUCAGAAGCUCAUCACCCUCUCAGUGCAGGAUGCACCAACCAAGAAGGAGUUUGUGAUCAAUCCGAAUGGGAAAUCGGAGGUUUGCAUUCUGCAUGAAUAUAUGCAACGUGUACUUAAGGUCCGACCUGUUUACAACUUUUUUGAAUGUGAGAACCCAAGUGAGCCCUUUGGAGCCUCUGUCAUCAUAGAUGGAGUGACAUACGGCACAGGGACCGCAAGUAGUAAAAAACUGGCCAAGAAUAAAGCUGCUCGAGCCACACUGGAGAUCCUCAUCCCUGACUUUGUGAAACAGACUUCUGAGGAGAAGCCCGUUGAAGGAGAUGAACUGGAGUAUUUUAAUCAUAUCAGUAUUGAAGACUCGAGGGUGUAUGAGCUGACCAACAAAGCAGGCUUGCUUUCACCUUAUCAAAUUCUUCAUGAGUGCCUUAAAAGAAAUCAUGGUAUGGGUGACACAAGCAUCAAGUUUGAGGUUAUCCCUGGGAAGAACCAGAAGAGUGAAUAUGUCAUGACUUGUGGCAAGCACACAGUUCGUGGAUGGUGCAAGAACAAGAGAGUUGGCAAGCAGCUGGCCUCUCAGAAGAUCUUGCAGAUGCUCCAUCCCCACGUGAAGAACUGGGGAUCACUGCUGCGCAUGUAUGGCAGGGAGAGCAAUAAGAUGGUCAAAAAGGAAAAUUCAGACAAAAGUGUGAUAGAACUUCAGCAGUAUGCCAAAAAGAACAAGCCAAACCUGCAUAUCCUGAACAAACUUCAAGAUGAGAUGAGGAAAUUGGCAAAGCAGAGGGAAGAGACCAGGAAGAAGCCAAAAAUGACCAUAAUGGAAUCUGCCCAGCCAGGUUUCAUUUUGUGUUUCUUCACCCCUUUUAAUCAUGCUUUGGUGGUAACCAGUAGAAUCAAGCUCCUGUAUUGAUGUGAAGUUUGUGGUAGCAUUGUGCAUACAGUGAUGCUGGCGGUGUGUAGGAUGUUAGGGUCAUGACUGGUCAACAUUACUUGGCAGACCUUCAUUUGCAUGUUGUUUUUUUGUUUUUUGUUUUUUUUGCAUCUGAAAUAUUGUUGGUUUGUUUUUUGUUGGUUUUGUUUUGUUUUUAAAAAACCUGUUUGAACCCUGCCCACAAUCUGCAGUGCCCACAAUCUGCAGUGAUAUUACUGUUUUUGCUCUUAUUGCUAAACGUGUAAAAGUAUGUACGAUGCCUUUUUUUUUGUUGGUUUGGUGGAAACGCAGGAUGAAACAUAUCAAAAGACAGCCAAUUGUGCUGAUCUGACAAGCUAUAAUUCUUGCUUUCCAUUGGCACUGCGGAGAACAUGAAGCACCAGAGCUUUCAAGUACUGUAGUCUUUGUGGCUGUGAAGACUUGUAGGUUGAAGGCGUUCGAGCUUCUCUGUCCCUCCUUUUACAUUUUUAUAUAUCGCCUUUAAUUCAAAAACGCCUGCAAGGAGUACUUAAGACAAGGGCGCCAAGUCCAGAAAACAUCAGUAUUGCCCAUUUUCCACGAACUUCAAAUAGACAAUUUGAUGCUGGUGUUUGUUGCCUUAGUCUAUCUCAAUCUCUUCAAUGUCCAUCACAAGGGAAACAUAAGACCCUUUUACUUGAGUCUUUGCUAAUGGUGAAGCUACCUAGAAACUAACAGCAGUGCAAUGAAAUGGGAGUUAUUAAUGUUGAUAUUUGAGGGGAGGGGAGGGAAGGGGGGGGGGGGGUGAAUGCCUUUAGCAUGAGUUUUUACAGCUGUCUUAACCGAUUGUUGUGUCUACAGGCCUAUUAAAAUAUGUGUACGUUGCAAUCAUUGUAGCGAGUUGAUUGUGUUCAGGUCAACAGGUUUUCAAGGUAAUUAUAUGAAUUCAAAUUGGUUAACUGCAGUACAAAAGGCAAUUAAGCAAAAACAGCUAGGUACUCUAUACCUCGUGACAAUGCGAUCAUGUAAUGACAUACAAGGUGUGAACCAAAGCUUUUAAUAGUCUUAUGCAUUUUUAUAGAAUACUGUAGGUUGCUGCAUAAAACAUACAAUAGUUAUAUUUACUGGAAAGGAGGGAUAAAAGUUGCAAUAACUGCUGGAUCAAAAAAAAUCUAUAUAUAAACUGCUGUGCACUGUCAUUGUGUGAAGUAUUUUAGUUUAGUGUGCUUUUCUUGAGUGUUGCAUUGCAUUUGUUUUUUGGAACUUCACCGUUGUACAUGAGCACGAGGCUGCUGUAUUACAGAGUUAGAACACUUUUAAGAAUGUGCUUAUUUUCACCCCAGUUUAUUCUGAGUUUACUGCCUGUCCAAACUGUCUUGCCAAGUGUGUUGGUGUGUGAAGAAUAUAUUCUUUUUUAUAUAUAUACUUGUUACCAUGGAAGGUCUAAUAUUAAGUUGUUUAAUAGAGGUAUUGAUGCCUAGGAAGAAAAAACAUUUCUUGUCAAUGUGACUUAUGAUCGCUGACUUACAGUGAGUUGUUUAUGCAAAUAAAGGUGUCUUGACUAGUA